AUGCAUUCCCCCACAAAAACCAUACCGUUGGAACACGUCGUCGUUUUGUGUUCCCUCUUCUUUUUCCCCUUCACGUCUUCCUCCUCCGAUCCAAGAACCGCCGUGUCUGGUCUCUUCUGCGGCGGACGCAGCAAAUCCUCCGCCGAUCCAAACUACAUUCCAACUUUCGUCGAAGAUAUGCAAUCACUCUCCCUGAAACUAACUACACGCCAUUUCGCAACUCAAGCCAUGAACUCCACGCCAUCAUCUUCUAGCUACAAAACCAACUCGACGUCCGUUUACGCACUGGUUCAGUGUCACAAAGAUCUCUCGCCGUCAGAUUGCCAGCUCUGUUACGCGAUUGCACGCACGCGCCUCCCUCGCUGUCUCCCUUCCUCCUCCGCUAGGAUCUUCCUCGACGGUUGUUUCCUCCGUUACGAAACUUACGAAUUCUACCAAGAAUCAGUCUCCGACGCCUCGGACAGAUAUUCAUGUAGCAACGACACCGUUUUAGAUUCUCAGUUCGGGUUUCGAGUUUCGGAAACCGCGGCGAGAGUCGCUGUUAGAAACGGAGGGUUCGGAAUCGCCGGAGAGAGUGGGGUUCACGCGCUAGCUCAGUGUUGGGAGAGUUUGGAAAAGGAAGCUUGUAGGGUCUGUUUGGAGAAAGCUGUCGGAGAAGUGAAACGCUGCGUUUCGAGAAGAGAAGGAAGAGCUAUGAACAGUGGCUGUUAUCUUCGAUUCUCUGAUCAUAAAUUCUAUAAUGCGCAUGGUAAAUUCCAUGGGAUUUUUAACAAAGGAGUCAUUGUGGCUAUUGUCUUGACCAUGUCAGCAUUCGCCAUGCUCAUUUUAUUGGCAACGUAUGUCAUUAUUGUCAAACUAUCAAAGACCAAACAAGAACAAAGAAACCUUGGUUUGGUUUCGAAGAAAUUCAACAACUCAAAGACGAAGUUUAAGUACGAGACUCUAGAGAAGGCAACAGAUUACUUCAGCACCAAGAAACAGCUAGGGCAGGGAGGAAACGGCACCGUUUUCUUAGGAGUCCUCCCAAAUGGCAAGAACGUGGCCGUGAAGAGAUUAGUGUUCAACACGAGAGAAUGGGUAGAAGAAUUCUUCAACGAAGUGAAUCUCAUAAGUGGAAUCGAACAUAAGAACCUCGUCAAGCUCCUUGGUUGUAGCAUUGAAGGACCCGAGAGUCUCUUGGUCUACGAAUACGUCCCUAACAAAAGCCUUGACAACUUUCUCUUUGAUGAGAGUAAAAGCAAGGUUUUAAACUGGAGCCAGAGACUAAACAUAAUCCUUGGAACAGCGGAAGGACUGGCUUAUCUACACGGAGGUAACGGCUCUCCGGUUAGGAUCAUUCAUCGAGACAUCAAAACCAGCAAUGUUCUUCUGGACGAGCAACUCAAUCCCAAGAUAGCUGAUUUCGGUUUGGUUCGAUGUCUCGGUAUAGACAAAACUCAUCUUAGCACCGGCAUCGCAGGAACCUUAGGUUACAUGGCUCCAGAAUAUGUUGUUAGAGGACAGUUAACGGAAAAGGCUGAUGUUUAUAGCUUCGGAGUUCUUGUUCUCGAGAUUGCUUGUGGAGCAAGAAACAACGUUUUCGUGCCAGCGACUGGUCAUCUCCUACAAAGAGUCUGGAACCUCUUUAGACUCAACAGACUGGUAGAAGCCAUAGACCCAUGUUUAAAAGACGAGUUGCUUCAAGUGCAAGGCAACGAAGCAGAAGCUUUUAAAGUACUUUGCGUGGGAUUGUUAUGCUCACAAGCUUCUCCAUCACUGAGACCUUCAAUGGAAGAAGUCAUCCGUAUGCUGACAGAGAGAGAUUACCCUAUUCCAUCACCAACCACUCCUCCGUUCUUGAGGAUUAGCUCUUUAACUACAGAUCCAGAGGGCAGUAGUACUAUAUCUUGUAGCACCAAUAGUACCACGAUGGUCAAAACUGAUCAAGCUUCUUAUACCUCUUCAGAUUAUUCUACAACUCGUGGGAGCUAA